CCUCUGCCAGAGAAGUGAGGUGGAUGAGGGCGGUACUAGUGAUCUAGGGUGUGUCAGGGAGCUCUCACUUUACUUCCACGCUGAGCUGUGUGUGUGUGUCUCGCUUACUGUCUGCAGGCCAGGCUGAGCAUCAUAAUCUUUCUGCUUAUCACAGUGUGAUAAUAACUAACAGUUCAGCCCUUGAAAUCUACCCCAAUAGCAAGAUGGCAAAGUAUUCAAGAGGAACCAUAAAGGAUUUUCCAGGCUUUAAUGCCAAUGAUGAUGCAGAAGCACUCCGGAAAGCAAUGAAGGGUCUCGGUACUGAUGAAGACACUAUUAUGAAGAUUCUUACAGCACGAAGCAAUGCCCAGCGUCAGCAAAUUUCUCUUGCAUUUAAGACUUUAUUUGGCAGGGAUCUUGUUGAUGAUCUGAAAUCGGAGCUCUCUGGUAAACUAGAGAAGGCGAUUGUGGCGCUGAUGACCCCAUCAUCUUUGUAUGAUGCAUAUGAACUAAAACAUGCUGUCAAGGGUGCUGGCACUUGUGAGAAUGUGCUCAUUGAAAUUCUUGCUUCUAGAAAUUCAGCUGAGAUCAAUCACAUAAAAAAGGUCUACAGAGAAGAGUAUGGAUCUGAGUUGGAAGGUGACAUCACAGGAGAUACAUCUGGAUACUUCGAAAGGAUGUUGGUGGUUCUUGUGCAGGCCAACAGGGACCCAGACUCUAGAGUGGAUGAUGCUCUUGUUGAUCAGGAUGCCCAGGACUUGUUUAAAGCCGGGGAACUGAAGUGGGGCACAGAUGAAGAAAAAUUUAUCACUAUAUUGGGGACCCGCAGCGUGUCCCACCUGAGGAAAGUGUUUGAUAAGUACAUGACCAUCUCUGGAUAUCAGGUAGAAGAGAGUAUUGACCGGGAAACAUCUGGCCACCUAGAAAAGCUACUUCUUGCCAUAGUGAAGAGUGUCCGAAGUGUUCCUGGAUAUUUUGCAGAAACGCUGUACCACGCAAUGAAGGGAGCUGGCACUGAUGAUUGUACAUUGAUAAGAGUCAUGGUUUCACGCAGUGAAGUUGAUUUGCUUGAUGUAAGGAAAGAAUACCGAAAGCAUUAUGGAAAAUCUCUGCUUCAAGCAAUUAAGGGCGAUACAUCUGGCGACUACAGGAACACCCUCCUUCUUGUAUGUGGAGGCGACGAUGAGUAAUAUAUCAGCUGAAAAGAAGUAAAUCUGCUUUGUGCAAUGUCUGUAUAUGCUACUAGAGCGAUUUACUAGAUGCUAAUUGCUUUGUUACUCACAUACUCAUGGUAAAUAGAAGUGUCCACUUUAAGAGGUUACUUGUAAGUUACAACCAUAUUGCUGGUGCUAUUAUAUAUUUUGACCAAUUCAUAGGCACAGUGUUUAGAUGUACCUUUUUGUCUUCUAAUCACAUUGAAUUUGCAUUGAAGCCAGUAGCUGCCAUUUCAAACUCUCUGAAGUUCCUCAUGUUAUAAUCUCUACUUUAUUUGUCCAUUGUCUGUAUUUGUCUCUUGACUGAAAAUAUUGUGUAGUUUUGUACCUACCAUUUACUACUCUCAGUAGAAGAUCACCUAUAUAGUGUUGGUGGUUGCACAAUCAAAAUACAGUCUUUUCAUGUCUGUGAAAUAAUGUAAGUAAAUGUAGUAAGCAUUCUUAUGUCACAAGUAAUAAACUUCAGUAUUUCAAAUGA